UCUCAUCUACAUUGUGAUUGGAAGACUCAGAAAGAAUUGGAAGCCAAAGACAAGAGAAUUCUGGGUAAACUCAAGAGAUAUAGAUUGAAAAAGCAACAGACAAAUGUUUUUGAAAUGAAUGAUGAAGAUGAAUAUUUCAACCCAGACUAUACGGAAGUAGAUAGAGUUUUAGAUGAACAAAUAGCUAAAGAUCCAGCCACACAACAAGAAAUGACAUAUUUCCUUAUAAAAUGGCGAAGUAUGGCGUAUGAAGAUUGUACCUGGGAACUUCAGCAAGAUGUAGAUCCUAAGAAAGUGGAAGAUUUCCGUAAAUUCCGAACUCUACCAUCACCAGAGGAACGACAUAAAGAAAGACCAAGCCCUGAUGAAUGGAAACAACUACCUAAAUCACGAGAUUAUAAAAAUAACAAUUCUAUUCGAGAAUACCAACUAGAAGGUGUUAAUUGGUUAACAUUCUGUUAUUAUAAUAGACAAAAUUGUAUCCUAGCUGACGAGAUGGGACUUGGUAAAACUAUACAGAGUAUCACAUUUUUACACGAAAUAGAUUUAUAUGGUAUACAUGGUCCUUUCCUAGUGGUAGCUCCAUUAUCAACUAUAGCUAACUGGCAACGUGAAUUUGAAACCUGGACUGACAUGAAUGUAAUUACCUACCAUGGAACUGCCCCUAGUCGUAAUAUGAUACAAGAAUAUGAAAUAUACUAUAGAGACUCUGCUGGCAAUAAGAUACCUGGUAUAUAUAAAAUUCAUGCUUUGAUAACAACAUAUGAAAUAAUUAUAUCAGAUGUAGAUUUAAUCAGUAGUAUCAAAUGGAGAUGUUUGAUUAUUGAUGAGGCUCAUAGAUUAAAGAAUAGGAACUGUCGUUUAAUGGACGGACUUAAUAAAAUAGAUCUGGAACAUAGGGUAUUAUUAACUGGUACACCCUUACAAAAUAAUACUGAUGAAUUAUUCAGUUUACUUAAUUUCCUUGAACCUAAACAAUUUGCCUCCUCUGAAGCUUUUGUUGGGGAAUUUGGUAAUCUUAAAACUGAAUCACAAGUUGAUCAACUGAAAGAGAUUUUAAAACCAAUGAUGUUACGAAGGUUAAAGGAAGAUGUAGAGAAAAACCUGGCACCAAAAGAAGAAACAAUUGUAGAGGUUGAAUUGACAAACAUACAGAAGAAAUAUUACCGUGCCAUAUUGGAAAGAAAUUUUACAUUCUUAUCUAAAGGUGCCACAGGGUCUGCUAAUGUGCCAAAUUUAAUGAACACAAUGAUGGAAUUGAGAAAAUGUUGUAAUCAUCCCUUCCUUAUUAAAGGUGCUGAAGAUAAAAUUAUGGAUGAUAUGAAAACUAAAACGCCAACCGAUAUCGACCCCACAUUUACUGCUAUGGUACAGUCCUGUGGUAAAAUGGUAUUAAUGGAUAAAUUAUUACCGAAAUUAAAACAGGGUGGCCAUAAAGUGUUAAUCUUCUCUCAGAUGAUAAAAGUGUUGGAUAUAUUAGAGGAUUAUCUUGUACAUAAACAUUAUUUAUAUGAACGACUAGAUGGUAGAAUAAGAGGUAAUAUUCGACAAGAAGCCAUUGAUAGAUUCUCCAAGAAAGAUUCUGAUAGAUUUGUAUUUUUACUGUGUACUCGAGCUGGAGGUCUAGGUAUCAAUCUGACAGCAGCUGAUACUUGUAUUAUAUAUGAUUCAGACUGGAAUCCACAGAAUGACUUGCAGGCACAAGCUAGAUGUCAUCGUAUUGGACAACAGAAAGCAGUGAAGAUUUAUAGACUGGUUACCAGGAACUCAUAUGAAAGAGAGAUGUUUGAUAGAGCUUCAAUGAAACUAGGCUUAGAUAAAGCUGUUUUACAGUCUCUUGGUGGAGAAAAACCUGGUACCAAUCAGCCAUCCCAACUAUCAAAGAAAGAGGUUGAAGAGUUAUUAAAGAAAGGUGCGUAUGGUGCAUUAAUGGAUGACGAUACAGCAGGUGAUGAUUUCUGUGAAGAAGAUAUUGAUCAGAUUUUAAAACGUCGUACACAAGUUAUACAAAUAGAAUCAGAGGGAAAAGGCUCCACAUUUGCCAAGGCUAGUUUCAGUUUAUCAACCAACAGAACUGAUAUAGAUAUUAAUGAUCCGGAAUUCUGGCAGAAGUGGGCCAAGAAAGCUGAUAUUGAUGUGGAUGAGAUUCAGAACAGGAAUGAAUUGAUAAUUGAUCUACCAAGACGAAGAAAACAAACAACACGAUUUGGUAAUGAUGAUACAGUUGUUGAUAUGAGCGAACUAGAAUCUUCUAGUGAUAGUGAUGAAGAAGGCAAGGCAACAUCCUCCUCAAAACGUAAAUCCAAACGUAAAUCACGAAAAGAUGAUGAUGAAGAUUUUAAUGAUGAAUACACUGGUGAUGGUUAUUGUCGUUCUGAAUGCUUCAAAGUGGAGAAAUCAAUGAUGGUUUAUGGUUGGGGAAGAUGGGGUGAUAUAUUGAAUCAUGUAAGAUUUAAAAGACGUCUGGAUGAAAAAGAUAUUGAGACCAUAGCUCGAGGAAUUCUGGUGUGUUGUUUAUCAACCUAUAAAGGUGAUGAUAAAAUUAAAAGUUUUAUAUUAGAUUUAGUGUCACCCAACAGUAACGCUGUUCUUAAAAAUCAUAAAGGUUUAUCGGCGCCAGUACCACGUGGAAGAAAGAGUAAUAAAAAAAGAGAUCCUAAUAUACCAGAACCUGUGGAACCAGAAUCAGAAAAAUUUAACAUAGAUCUUAACCCUGCUUCCGUCCUUGAUCCAGCUUAUACACGUCAUUUAGACAGACAUUCUAACAAAGUUUUAUUACGGGUUCGUCUUCUCUACUACCUCAAACAAGAAAUUGUUGGUGAAGAAGCACAUAAGGUCUUCCAAGGAGCAAAUAUCAAGGAUAUUAACAUUCCUAAACCAUCAGCUGAUCGUGAUACACCUACAUUCUGGUGGGAUGAGCUAGCUGAUAGAUCUCUUAUUGUAGGAGUCUUUAAACAUGGUUAUGAAAAGUUUAACCAGAUACGUUCUGAUCCAACAUUAGUAUUUCUAUCAAGAUGUGGUCCACCAGAUGGCGCAGCUUUACUUCGUGAACAAAACGAGGAAAAUGAUGACAAGAAUGAUGAUGAUGAUUUUGAUGAUGAUGAAGCUUCCAUGACGUCUGCUCCUGAAUCGAAGAAAUCCACAAAUCCUUCCAAAUCAGAAGUGAUAUUUUCUUUUCUAGAUAAUGGGGAUAAAUUACCAUUCCCAGAUAAAUCUGAAUUGAACUCGAGGUUACGUAGAUUAAUUACAUGUUAUCAACGUGGAAAUAAAAAACGUAUCAUGGAGAUGGAGAUGCAACAACGAGGACAUUUGAGCUUUUCAGAAUAUUUUGCUAUGAAAAAUAAAUUAUCAGACUACAAUAUAAACAAUAUCUCAUUUGAGAUGCAUUUUCGUUGGUCAAGAAGAGAAGAAGCUGAUUUCUAUAAAACUGCCUCAUCAUUUGGUGUAGAGAUUGACAGGAAGACUGGAAGAUUUAUUUGGGAUAAAUUUAGAAGUUUGGCUAAAUUAGAUAAGAAGUUUGAUGAUACACUCACAGAAUACUUUCAGGGAUUUUAUUUCAUGUGCCAAAAAGUUUGUGGAAAGCUGGGAAAAGAGAUCAAAGCUCCACCAAAUACCAUGUAUGUUGAACCGAUCACAGAAGAACGUGCUGCUAGAUGUCUAGCACGAAUUGAUAUUAUCAAUAAGAUACGGGAAGAAAUGUUAUACCAUCCAAAAUUAGACGAACAUAUCCAAUUAUGUCAGCCAUCUUUUGAUAUGCCAAGAUGGUGGAUCUGUGGUAAACAUGAUAAAGAAUUGUUAAUAGGAGCAGCCAGACAUGGUGUGGCCAGAACUGAUUAUCAUAUCUUACGAGAUCCAACAUUAUCAUUUCAUGAAGUAUUUACUAAAGCUACAGCUCGUGGUAAUAAUUCACCUUUUAGUCAUCUAAAUCCUAAUGGUACCCCAGGUACACCUAGCACUCCAAGAGGUUAG